GUGAUCCAACACACAGUGUCCAUAAGGCCACGAAGUACGAGCACGAUCGCGCUGCAUCGUCGCCACUGGCUCAGUCGCAGUCGCAAUCGCAGGGACCAGGUCUCUCUAGCCCACGAAGAGGAAGACGGAGGAAGGUGGACGAGAACGACAACCACUCAAAACCGGCGUGGUGGGGAUUCCGAUUCAAGAAUCGCCGUGGACACCCUCGCCUUCGAAAGUCAUUCACCUAACGGUCAUCGCGCAGUGCACCGUGCUCUCUUCCGUUCUCCUGGGAGCUCUGCUCUCGCUUCUUUUCCUCCCUCGGUCCACCCGGGAUCAUCGCUCGAUCGACGAAUCGAUGGAAGAGGACCUGCCACCCGUUGCUCCAGCCAAUUCUUCGGACUCGGCCGUUAAUUGAGGAUCGUCUUGGUCAGCGCUGACAAACGGCAGUGAAGACACGUUUGCCUUUCGUCUGGACCUUUUUUUCUUCUCGGGAUUUCGUGAAUGUAUCAGUGCACCUGGAGGAACCGACCGGAAGUCCCUUGGAUGACAUGGAUAUACGCUGUAAGGACUAGAUGCGCGAGGUGUAGAACCGGUUGACAGUUUCUCUUUGUAAAAUCAGGUGAAUCCAUGAACAUCGAUCAUUGACAGUUUGCACGAUCGAUUAUCGAUCUUCGAUCGAAACAGUGAACAGUGAGGAACGUUUAGAGAUACGUGAAUUUGCCAGCUGAUGCAGUGACAAUGGGAUAUUAUCCCUAAAGAUUUAAGUGAGAAAAAGAUUAAUCUAAACACACACACACUCUCUCUCUCUCUCUCUCUCUCUCUCUCUCUCUCUCUCUCUCUCUCUCUCUCUCUCUCUCUCUCUUUUUCUCUCCCUCUAACUCCGCCACCCCCCGCCCGCCCUCUGGAUACUCUAUCGCAUAACUGUGAUAACGCACAACAGUUGGACACACUGAGGACACCGAGUCCUUCUUCGGGAGAUCCUACAACAAUCUGAACAGCAUCUCCGAGUGCAAAAAUGGCGGGGAGUGCGUUAUCAAUAAGAAGAACAGAACUGCCUGCAAGGCCUGCAGGCUGAGGAAGUGCCUCCUGGUGGGGAUGUCCAAGUCGGGUUCGAGAUACGGACGCAGAUCAAAUUGGUUCAAGAUCCACUGUCUUCUGCAGGAGCAGCAGCAGCAGCAGCAACAACAGCAGCAGCAGCAGCAGCAACAGCAUCACCAUCAUCAUCAUCAUCAUUCUCAUCAUCAAGGUCACCAUCAUCAGACGCAGAAUCAGACGAGCCCUUCUAUCGGUCAUCCUGGACGUAAGGACGAUGUUCUUCUUCUUGGUCUGGAUGAUUACAAGAACUCUACCUCUCCCAGCAUCAGUUCACCAGAGUCUCUGAAUAGCGACAGUUCGGUGGAAGUGUCUGAGAGAAGAGCAGCUCUGAAUCAUCCAGGCUUCAGGCCGCUCCAUUCGCAACACUCACCAGACCUGUCAGUCCUCAGCAAGGAAAUGAUGGGACUCCCUCUCGGAUUUCCACUGAGCGGCAUGUCUCUCAUCCCUCCUGCGUUUCUACCACCACCGAGUCUCUCCAUGUUCUCACCCUAUCACCUAUACGCACCCCACGGGACACCGCACCCCUUGCUACCAGGUCAUACCCCUGGGAUUCUUCAGCACACGCCAAUGGCUCCCGUGCCGACGAGCGCCAGCACGCCUACGCCUAUGAACAAUAAUCAUGCAACGACCAACAACAAUAAUAGAUACACUCACAAUCAGAACACCGUGACGCAAAUUGCGAGCGUGUCGCCUGGUUCGGAUAAAGUCGAAGCCUACACCAAGAGAUUCUACCUGGACGCAGUUCUGAAGAGUCAAAGGACGCCCCCGAGUUACUCGCCAGCAUCCAGCAAGGCUCAGUCCGAGGACAACUCGGCCAGGAACAGUCCUGAACCAGAAGCCCACAGUCCACCGCCACAGGAGAAUCCCAUGGACCUCUCCAUGAAAGGCCCGACGAUCCUGAGGGCGAGUUCGACCCCGUUAAGUAUCAAGAGCGACGAGGACGUCGACAUGGAGGACGACAGCGACCGGGACAGUCCUCCCGUAAAGAGGCGACCUGCUCCCAUAGACCUCACCACGAGAAUAUAAGGGUAUCAAUAAUUCCUACCAAGAAUAUCAAUGAGACACUCCCCUGAAUAUUUACAUGAAGAAUCGCGAAACUUCCCACCGUCUUACCGAUUAUCCUGCGUUCCUAGAUUGCGCCAGGAAUAAUCGACCAGACGAGAUGGAGGAGGACGGAGGAGACCAGCAACGCAACAAGAAGAAGAGGAAGAAGAGGAGGAAAAGGAAGAAUCGAGAGGAGCUAAAGUCUCGUAUCGGCAAUUCGGAAAGGGCAGCCUCGUAAAGAGAUAGGGGACGUGCGAUCGCGAUUAGUUCAGCAGCUCCAAGAAAAGCCAGCCAAUGAAUUCGAAUCGAGUCGAGGCGACUGCCAGUGCUCGAGUCACCGAGUAGAAUCGAGUAGAAUCGAGCAGAAUCGAGUAGAAUGAAGUAGAAUGUAAUCGAACGUAGUAGAAUCAUUGGUGCCAGUGGCGAGUUAGUUGGCUGCCUACUCUCUCACUCUCUCACUCUCUCACUCUCUUACUCUGUUAGUUGGCAGCUUACUAGGUUCGCGACUAACCUGGGCUGAUCGGAUGCCUAAGCCAUCGACUAAAGCGAGCUAUCGCGUUUCACCGUUGUAACGGAAUCGAAUUAACGAGCCGCGCGCUUUAAUUAAUGAGCGCGGCAGCCACAAGUUCUCUUUCUCUCUUUCUCUCUUUCUCUCUUCAACUCCUCUCGUCUCUCUCCGUUUUCUCGCUACUCCAGCACCCUUCUCUGUCGCGAGCGCACACUAUCGAACUGUCGGCUGAUAAACACGUCAACGCUCCGAGCACAUGUUCGCAACGUGUUACAAACUUGUAGACACGUGUUGAACGUUCGGGACGCUUUAUCUUACAAGACUUCGAUGCCUGCCAAUGUAGUACGCCUUCAUCGGCUUCAUCGGCUUCAUCGGCUUCAUCGAGCGCAGCCUCGCUUGCUUUUGUCCUUCGUCCUCUUCCGCGGAAUAGUUCGAGACUCUUGUUACCUCGAUACUUUAUUAUAAUCAAUGUAAUUCCAAGAGUCUCGAAGAUCUUCGCCGAUAACCUUAUCAGGUCGAUCCCGAGGACUCAUUAGUCAUUGGCUAAAUUAUUCGCUGCGGAUACGCUUAGUCUUAGUGCGAGCUUCCACCUGAAGAUGGACAAUAUCUUUGCGACUGUCUUAUCUCCGGAUAUAGGAUCGUUUUACCGAACAUAGAUUCGCUUUUAGCACCGGACGCGGGGACAGCGCUUUUCUUUAAAGACCCUUUGACCAUUUUUCCAAUUUCUCCGAGCAUGCGCGAUCACAGAGGACAAACUGUAUCCGGCUUUUUCGUAUCCUUCGGUGUCGUCCUGCGAAAGGACAUAUUUUUAAUUUCUCUCGGAAAUUAUUUUGCACUACCAUGACAAUCCUAUAUUUCAUAAGAGGACGCGUUACCAUUGUUCACGUUCUGUGCGAAUUAUAAAAUAUAUAUAUAUAUAUAUAUAUAUAUAUGCAUACACACGCACGUAUAAAUAUUGUAAAUAGUAUCACUAUAUAUAUUAUCUCGGUAUUGCGUCUUCAUGCUACCUGCUAAUUGACAAUCACGUCGAUUUUUAAGUAUACGUAUAUUAAUUAUAUAAGCAACAAUUGUCUUUCAAAUCGAAUUGCGAUCGCUGACAUCGAACCGACAUAGUCAACAAUGGCCAGUAUUUUGACACGAGCAGUCGAAUAGUCGUAUCGCGCUUUAUUAUUAAUCCUAUGCAGAAGAUACUCGGACACGUGCAGUUGACGUAUACUGAAAGAGCGAUGCGAGAGAAGGGUCUUCUGUCAUUCUCUAUCUCGAUCUCUCUCACUCCCGCUCUCUUCCGUGCGCGCCUUAAUGAUGAAUCACAGCGAUGAAUUAUAUAUUAGACACGGUAGAGAGGCUUGUAAAUAAAUAAAUGAUCGGCAAGUACUUUGCGAAAUGGGACGCAGGGCCAGUAGUACCAAUCUGUAAAUAUAUAAUUAAUUACGCGAAUAAUUAUAAGACUAUCCCCCCCCCCUUCCCCAAUCAUAUCGUAUAUUAAUAUAAACGAUAUAAUGUGUAUUAAAUAAUAUAAUUCUACAAUGUUUUCGCUACUUUCCGUUUUACACGUAUAUCUAUAUAUGUAUCUUAUCGUACCGUAAGGUGCGUAUCCAUUGCACCGUGGAGCAAUGGACGCGCAUCGCCGAGAGUCUCCUUCGCUCGAAGGAUAAUGUUAAAGAUUUCUUUUUUUUUCCAAAUAAAAAUACACGAACGAUUCUCCAAGGGAAUAAAAUUCGACAGAAUAAAGAUGAUUUUGAAAUUUC